UAUACUAUAACUUACCGACCAUCAUCUCUCUAUCUAUCUAUCUAUCUAUCUAUCUAUCUUCCUCUGCAACUAUUUCAUCCCCACAAGCUUCCAAACAAAGAGAAUUUAUGGAAAGUGAGAUUUGCAAGGUUUGUUCUCUUUGUUGUCUUCUCAUAUAUUUGCCACAAAAUUGAAAACAAAGUCUUAUCUGGUCAAAUGGGUAUCUCUUUCGAAUUUAAAGAUUGAAAAAGGGUUUUUGAUCUCUCUCUCUCUCUCUCUAUAUAUAUUCAUUUCCAUGGAUAAGCUGGUGAUGAGGUUGCAGAUUAAUACGACUCAUCAAAGCUGGGGGUUAGUGUUUAUGGGUUUGUCAAUAUGACCAUGUUUCCUGCUCAAAACCUCUCGAAACGACAUCGUUAUGGUGGCUAUGGUGGAGGUUAUUGGGAGAGUUUUGGUGGUGUUGUUAUGAGUGGAUUAGAAGAAGGGUAUGAGUGUUGUAGUAGUGAGGCUGCUUAUUCUUGCUUAGGAUCUGGUUCUACUCCAGUACUGGUUGGUACUGGUCUGAUGGCUGAAGAUGAAUCAAGAACCGAGACUAGUACUGUUAAUAAUGAAACAGGCUCAACCUCAAAGAACAACAACAACAACAACAUUAAUAUUGUUGUUGAUCAUGAUCAUGAUGUGAGAGACGAAUCGGGAUGGCUCCAAUUGGGUAUUGGAGGAGAUCAUCAUCACCACCAUCAACACAUGACCACAAGCAAUGAUCAAACGGCUGGGAGAAGUGCUGGAUUGAUGGAGCUUGAUCUGUUGCCGGCCGGUGAUGGUUCGCGGCAAGGGUUCAGGUCAUUAGACCCUAUCUUCCAUGUGCCCGAUUUUCGGCCUCCCCUGCAGGAUACAAGCAUCACUAGUGCUUCUUUGUACUUGCAGCACCCGGGGACUAGCUCGGUUUUUCCUCAACAGGAGAUUAAUAACUGGGCAUUUAGGCCUAUUCCGCGCCAUAUAACUGCAGCUUCUUCUUCCUCCUCCUCUUCUCGGUCUUCGUUGAUGAUGCCACCGGGAGCCUAUUUUACUGGACCAUUUCAACUACAUGCCGGAGUAGAUGUAGCCAGGCCAAGUUUAGAUUUCAGAGUUGUUGAUCCUCCUCGGAGACCCCAUUCAGGCUUAUGGUUUAUGUUACAAGCAUCACCAAAUCAAACAAGAGAACCAUCUUUGCCUCAGAUACCCAAAAGCUACCUGAGAAUUAAAGAUGGAAGGAUGACAGUUGGAUUACUAAUGAAGUAUCUGGUUAUGAAGCUAAGAUUGAAUAGCGAAUCGGAGAUAGAGAUAACUUGUAGAGGACAACCACUUCUACCUUUCUUGACGUUGCAGCAUGUAAGAGAUAACAUAUGGAGUCCAAGAAACAUUGUGACUUUACUUCCAGACUCCUCAACUGCUGAUCAUGUCAUGGUGCUACAAUAUGGUAGGAGUGCUUAAUUAAACAUGAAAACUAUUUCAAUCUUAAUUAUCUCCCACAUGUAUCAUUGUUAAAUUAUGAGAACCCUUUAUUAUUAUUA